UCCAUCAUCGCCAUGGAAAUGACCACAGCCUUCUCUCGGAACCAAGCCAUACACUCGUGUCACCGGGGACCGGUCCUUUUAGAGACCCGGACUACAAAACCCUGCAGUUGAGGGAGUCGCUGCAGCAGAGCGGCUCAGUCCCUCUCCUUCUCCUCCUCCUCCUCCUCCUCUUCCUCUUCCUCCUCCUCCUGAAUGAGGGGAUGACGGGAUCAUGAUGGGAAGCAGCUAGAGAUGGAAAGUGUUUCUCCAGCAGACUACUUGUACCAGGGCGUGUGCUCGACCCUCAUCCUCCGAGGCUUCAGGACGAUGCCUGCCAUGUUUGUGUCCGCAGUGCUCUUAUGUACAGUGCUGGUUGACAUCUCAGCCCGGGUUUUGACCCCAACCAACCCAUCUGUGCAGCCUCUCAUCUCCCCCCGUCACUACCAGCACACUGACCCUAGAUCAGGCUCCCAGCUGCUCUGUGACAAGUGCCCAGCAGGCACCUUUGUGUCCAUGCACUGUUCCCCUGCAGCCGUCAGAGAGUGCAGCCCCUGCCCUGAAGGAACCUUCACACACGGCAAAAAUGGGGUUGAGCAGUGCCAUCACUGUCGGGCUCAGUGUCCUGCUGGGCUCGUCCAGAGAGAACCCUGCACACCCACACAGGACCGAGUCUGCACGUGUCCCCCUGACAGCUUCCUAUCUGGGGACGGUGACUCAGAGUGUAAGCCCCACUCCCUGUGUCCACCAGGGACCAGGGUGAAGAAGCGGGGCAGUGAAACGGUGGACGUGCUCUGUAAGCCGUGCACCAAGGGGACUUUCUCGGACGUGGAGUCCAACGCAGCGAAGUGCAGAGCCCACACAGACUGCCAAGCUCGAGGGCUGCCUCUGCUCACACCAGGAACUAAAGACUCUGACAGCGUCUGUGGAACAACGUCUGCAGCUCCGCUCUCCUCCUCAUCCACGUCACUGCGGACAACCACCUCACUAGUGCCUGCACAGGAGCCUCUGAUGUCCUCAUCUUUAGCUUCAUCAUCACUCGCUGGACUUACACACAGAGGAGUCUACAGCAAGUCAGCAGCUCUUCAUGUCCCUAAGGCAGACCUGAGUGGAGGAGUCCAGCCCAUAGAGAGGCUUCCUCUCAGCGGACCUGGCACUCCCGGCCCUCAGAUUCAUGAUCCUCCACUUCUUCCCGCUCAUCAGCAAGGGCUAAACCCAAAACAACAGCACCCCAAUUCUAGCCCCAUGCCAGGCCCCAGCAGGAGGGCGAUGACUGAGCCUCACCAGGGUGUUGAGUUUGUCAAGAUAGGCAUGGGGACCAUGAAGGUAGAGGAGCAGGGGAGCAGAGGUGGUGGAGGUGGGAUCUCCAGCUACAACAGGCCCACUCGCAGGGGAUCCCCGAGGCCUACCCCCCAACACCACUUUGACAUCAACGAGCAUCUCCCCUGGAUGAUCGUGCUGCUGCUCCUCCUGGUGCUGGUGUUGAUCGUGGUCUGCAGCGUGAAGCGAAGCUCCCGUGUGCUGAAGAAGGGCCCGGUGCAGGACCCCAGCAGCAUCAUGGAGAAGGCGAUCCAGAAGAAGCCUUUUGCACCUUUAACUCAGGUCAAAGAGAAGUGGACCUACUCCUCAAACGGACAGGGGGUUGAUAUUCUGAAGCUGGUGGCGGCCCAGGUGGGGACGCAGUGGAUAGACAUCUAUCAGCUGCUGGCCAACGCCACUGAGAGGGAAAUGGCAGCCUUCUCCAAUGGGUACUCAUCAGAUCACGAGCGAGCGUACGCUGCCCUACAGCACUGGACAAUCCGGGACAGCGAUGCCAACCUCGCCAAGCUCAUAAAUGCCCUUCAUCGACAGCACCGCGCUGACGUGGUGGAGAAGAUCCGCUGUGUGCUGGAGGACAACCCACAGUUUGACAUCAACCAGCUGAUGAGCUCAGUGAAUGUAAUCCAAAGUCUGAGUCCAAUCCACAAGCCCACCGAGUCUUCAGUGAGCGUCGGCAGCAGCACCCACAGCGGCAGCAGCAGCAGCGGUUGUGGGAGCAUGAGCAGGGUUAGCGGUGCUGCCUUGGAGCAGUCUCCGGUGAACUGCACCAAGGGCUUCUUCCCGGACGAAUCAGAGCCCCUGCUUCGCUGCGACUCCACCUCCAGCAAAGACUCCGCCCUCAGCAGGAAUGGCUCCUUCAUUACCAAAGAAAAGAAAGACACUGUGCUUCGCCAGGUGCGCCUGGACCCAUGUGACCUGCAGCCCAUCUUCGAUGACAUGCUGCACAUCCUGAACCCAGAGGAGUUGCACAUCAUCGAAGAGAUCCCAGCUGCAGAGGACAAGCUGGACCAGCUGUUUGAGAUCGCAGGAAUCAAGAGUCAGGACGCUAGCCAGACACUGCUGGACUCAGUCUACAGCCACCUCCCUGACCUUUUGUAAUAGCUGAGAAUGAAAUCACACUGAUGAGAAUCUGAGAGUCACCUUAGGAAUGAAAGAGGACAUCCCAGUCAAGGGGGAGGUCCCUGCUGUUCAGGUUCAGCCUGGGUUUGUAUGGAGACAGAUAGAGUCUGAUUCUUCAGGUUACUCUGAGGCAGGAUGUGAGCUGGGUGUUUUAGGUGAGCUCCUUACAAGACUGAUGUGCUUAUACUGUUCUUCACCUUUCAACCAACCUUCCCUGUCUACUGCACACACUCUGUCACUCCUUUCAUCCUCUGUCAUGGUACAGGGUCACUGCUCACAGAAGUCUGGGUGGUACAGUAAGAAGUGAUCUCGUAGUUUUUCACAGUUUUUCACAACCUUGUGUGAGUAUUAUGACAGUAACAAUGACUAUAUAUGUAUAUAUAAGGGCUGUUCACGUUAAUACCAUGUCAUUUUUUUGAUGCACAAUAAUGCACAAUUUCUUUAAUAUACAGCCUGCGAUAUGAGGCCCGCUGUAAGUCAGUCUAGAGAUGAUACAACUGAGAUACCAAAUAGCGCCACAAGGUGAAGCCUCGUAUUUGUGUUCUUUAUGUGAGACUGUGUUAUGCUCUGACCGUUGACUCUUAUCAGAGAUGAGUUGAUGCAGGUUAUGCUGACGUUCUCCUGCUCAUGUAUGAACAUAGAGCCAUGGAGACCUGG